UUUGUGUUUGAAGCAGUGCUGGGCAUUGGUUAUGAAGGGGACAUUGCACUUGAUGAUAUUUCAGUAAUUAGCGGGACUUGUGUGGAAGCUGGAGGAACUUGUGACUUUGACUACGACAUGUGUGGGUUUACCGAAGACACAACAGAUGACUUUGACUGGGUCAUGACCUCAGGAAACACAAAGCAAGCUAACACAAACAGCCCUGACAUUGACCACACAACUGGAACCAGCUCUGGCUUCUACAUAUACACCGACUCUUCUAGCCCCCGAGACUAUGGAGACAUUGCUCGACUGAUUAGCCCAACAUUGAAUCCUACAAGUUCAGACGGCAUGUGCCUGAAGUUCUUCUACUACAUGCGAGGACAGUACAUGGGAACACUGAAUGUCUACCAGAUGGUCAACAACCUGAGGCACACUCCAAUAUGGACCACAAGUGGGGAGCAGCUCAACAGGUGGUUGCCUGGCCAGGUGACGCUGGACAGCCCUCUAAAGUUUCAGUUUGUAUUUGAGGGAGUUCUGGGUGGUGCUGAUUACAGUGAUAUUGCACUAGAUGACAUUUCAAUAGUCCCAGGAGCAUGUCCUGCACCAGCAACUUGUGACUUUGAAAGUGGUGCCUGCCUCUUCAUCAACAGUAAAGGAGAUGAUGACUUUGACUGGGACAUCAUCCAAGGCAGCUCAGCUGUCAAUGGAGGACCCAGCACAGAUCACACCUUGCAGACUGCUUUAGGUCAUUAUAUGUUGGCUGACUCCUUCACCAAACCUCAAGGCUCUAAGGCACGUCUCUACACUGAAGUGCUGCCCCCAACCACUGCCUCCUGUCUGACAUUUUCUGUGGCAAUGCCUAGUACCAGUGUGGGAGCAGUUCUUUCUGUCAGCCUUGAUACAGACUUGACGGGUAAUCUUCAUCUGCAGAGCCUGCUGACCUUUCAUGACCCUCAAGUUUUGCCUUGGAUCCCAGCUUCAAUUGACAUCCAGUCCAAUGUGUCUUACAUGAUUGUAUUUGAUGCCCACCUGGGAUCCAAUUCAUACAGUGACAUUGCCAUUGAUGAUGUGAUGCUAACUGCAGGCAAGUGCCCAUACCAAGCUACCACAUUUGACUGCGGUAAUGGGCAGACAGUUUCCAUAAACAAGACAUGUGACUACAACCUAGACUGCUCUAAUGGUGCGGAUGAAGCCAUAUGUGGCAACUGCACUUUUGAAUCCGGCCUGUGUGGAUUUGUGGAUAUCAGUCAGGGAUCUGUGGAAUGGAUGCAGGCAACAGAUGCUUCAGCGGAUGAUGUGGGGACUAGGGUUGGAGCAGAUCACACACUCCAGUCUGUCAAUGGACAUUUUAUGUACGUCACACAGAAGAGGGGAGGAACAUACUCACCAACUGCAAUACUAUCUACGGCUGAGCUGAAGCCCACAUACGAGACUUGCCAGUUCCAGUUUUAUUACAAAAAGUCUUCAGGAAGUCUCCAGGUUUUUGUACAGAUCGAAUCCAGGGAUGUUCUGAUUUGGGAAGAAAGAAACCAGGUCACAGGUACUCCAUGGGCCCGAGCUUUAGUCAACAUCGGCCAUUACAAGAGCCCCAUUAGAGUGCUGAUCAAAGCCACAAGAUCGUACACAACAUCCUCAACAGUGGCCAUUGAUGACACCGGCUUGAUCUACUGUGGCCUGCCUCCAGCAUCUACAUCUUGUCAGAGCAACCAGCAACAGUGCGCCAAUGGCGUCUGCUACAAUCAAAUCUACAAGUGCGACCUCACAGAUGAUUGUGGAGAUGGCUCGGAUGAAGUCAACUGCACUGUGGGCAACCAGUGUAAUUUUGAGUUGGGUUUGUGCACCUGGACACAAGACACCAUGGAUGACCUUGACUGGACAUUACACUCAGGCCAAACACCAACACUGAAUACUGGCCCCAAUGUAGACCACAGCACAGGCAUUGACACUGGUCAUUAUGUGUAUCUUGAAACAUCUUCACCAGCAAGACCUGGCCAGAAGGCUCGUCUCCUGAGUCCGGUCAUAAGUCCAGCACAAGUGUCUGAUGACUGCCACAUAUCUUUCUUCUAUAACAUGUAUGGAUCUAGCAUGGGCCCUCUAAACAUCUAUCUGGCCACAGAGAGAGGCGGCUACCCCACACUUCUCUACACAAGACAAAUCUACAAUCAACAGUUCUGGGCCAGGGAAGUACUGCAUCUCAACAGCACCAAGAAUUUCCAGAUUAUUUUUGAAGGUGUCGUUGGGUCUUCAAUGUAUGGUGACAUGGGUCUUGAUGAUAUCUCGCUCUCAGAGGGCUGUAAACUGACAACACAAGGAACCACUCUGCCAACACCCAGUUACCCGGUUACAACCCAGAGCACUACCACAAGUACAUGCCUACCUUCUCAGUUCCAUUGUUUGAGUGGAAGCUGCAUAAACUCUAGCAAAGUAUGCGACUUUGUGUCAGACUGCACAGAUGGAUCAGAUGAAGUCAUUUGUGGCACGUGCACGUUUGAGUAUGGUAUGUGUGGAUGGUAUUAUGCCAGUACAGGGUCUUUAAAGUGGUCGCUAAGUUCACAGUCUGUUAUGGGCACAGUUGGACCUUCUUCUGAUGUGAACCCUGGCAAUUCAACAGGACAUUAUAUGUAUAUUGGACCAGAUUUUGGGUUGACGCCUGGACCAUCAAUUCUCCGUUCUCGUCCACUUGGAGCUAUAUCAACAGCCUGUAUUAUGACAUUUUCCUACCAUGUGUCAUCUGGCAUCAUUUCUGUCUCUGUGCCGAUUGACGGAGUCAAAACCAAAAUAUGGUCAUCUCCGCCAACAGAAGCAUCACAGUGGGAAAAGGCCUAUGUCUAUAUAGGAGACCAUGUAGGCAUUAGUGACCUACCUCCUGGCGCUCAAAUUGAUAUCAUCUAUGAUCCUUCUGGAUCUUCAGCAAGCCAAGAUAUUGCAUCCAUUGAUGACAUUAACUUCUAUGUCUGCAGCCCUACAGAAACCAUACCAAGUCUUGCGUGUGACUUUGAAGACAUCAACACGUGCAACUGGCACCAAUCGAGUACAGACAAUUUUGACUGGACCUUGCAGAAGGGAAGCACUCUGACAGAUGGAACAGGGCCAACUCAUGCACAUGGAGGUGUGGAGUAUAUCUAUGCUGAAAGCUCAACUCCUCAGAAAGCUAAUGAUACUGCAGAUUUAGUCAGCCCUCAGUUACCUCCAACUACUGAAUUUGGUUACUGUCUUUCAUUCUGGUACCAUAUGCAUGGGUCAGAGAUGGGGAGUCUGCAGCUAAUAGCCAGCUACCCGGCAGCCUCUGGUCUUUUAUGGUAUAGAAGUGGCACACAAAAAGAUGCUUGGAUCCAUCAAAGUAUCUUUGUGAAUCUGAGCCAGGAAUACACAUUAACAUUUCGGGCCACAGUCGGCAGUGGGUAUUUAAGUGACAUUGCCCUGGAUGACAUUGAUAUAACUUAUGGUUCAUGUGCUUCUCUCCCAUAUUGCACCUUUGACAAUGGCUUCUGUGGGUUUACCCAAGAAACUACUGAUGUGUUUGACUGGUCUCUCGGAAGCAGUUCAGAUGGAAAUGGACCAAGUACAGACCAUACUUUAGGCUCAGGAUAUGGAAAGUAUGCAUACAUUGAAGCAUCAGGUAGGAGACCAAAUGACAAUGCAGUUAUCACUAGCCAAAUGUAUGGUAGUCAAGGCUGUGUGACAUUCUGGUAUUAUAUGUAUGGAUCUGGCAUUGGAACUCUGAAUGUCUACCGACGAGAUCUGGGAACUACUGUUGCAGUCAAACUUUGGAGUCUCCAAGGAUCACAAGAGAAUAUGUGGAAGAGAGCCUUUGUUCCUAUUAAUGGCCAUAAUACACCUUGUAACAUCCAGUUUGAGGGAACUGUGGGAACUGACAUACAAAGUGAUAUUGCUAUUGAUGAUGUUGAAAUUAGCCAAGAUACAUGUCCACCACCAGCAUCUUGCACCUUUGAAGAUGGGCUUUGCGGUUUUAUAAACGUAGAACAGGGCGAUCAGUUUGACUGGGUUCUGGACAGUCCUGGCACAGAACAUUAUUACAUGGGACCACAAGUAGACCAUACUACAGGAACUUCUAGUGGACAAUAUCUGUAUAUAGAGACCCUAGGCAUUCACAAUCCUGGAGAUAAGGCUAUACUGCAAAGUGCACCUUUAGCUGCCACAAGUGGAGCCUGCCUGCAGUUUUGGUAUCACAUGUCUGGUGACAGUGUCGGAAACCUGACUGUUUAUACAAAGUCUACAAACACUAGCAAUCGCAACCCUAUAGGGUUCCUUUCUGGAGAUCAAGGAGAUUUGUGGCAGAUGGGAUUUAUCACAGUUCGAUCUGUGGUAGCUUUUGAGGUUUUGUUUGAGGGGACUUAUGGCGGAGACUACGGAGGAGAUAUAGCUCUUGAUGAUAUUCUCUACAUUAACACUGUUUGCAGUAAUAUAACUGUCCAUACAGUGACUCCAACAAGUUCCCUGCCAGUAACCUACCCACCUACAAAUCUGGACUGUGACUUUGAAAGCAAUAUCUGUCUAUGGUUACAAGAUAAGUCCGAUGAUAUAGACUGGUCCUGGCAUGCAGGUUCCACAACUUCAAUUGGGACAGGUCCUCCCUCAGACCACACCUUAAACAACAUUGAUGGACACUACAUAUACACAGAGGUAUCUGGCAUAUCUGCAAACUCCAGUGCUAGAUUGAUUAGUCCUCCAGUGACCAUUUCAAACUCUACAGGGAUAUGUUUCAAGUUCUGGUAUUACAUGUAUGGAUCUAAUAUCAACCGCCUCAGCAUUUACGUCACAUCUUCCUCUGACUAUAAACGGAUACUUUUAUGGACCAAAGUGGGGACACAAGGCCCAGAAUGGAAAUAUGCACAAAUUCAUAUUCAGGGUAUAAGUGGGUAUGCAAACAUUACUGUAGAAGGUAUCAGUGGGAACGGUCCUACUGGAGACAUUGCUCUAGAUGACUUCUCAAAGAAUGAUGGCCACUGCCCACAACAAUCAGUGUGUGACUUUGAGGAUGAUAAUGUUUGUGGUUAUACUCAGUUACAAACAGAUGACUUUGACUGGCUGAUCAGCACAACUCAGAGAAAUGCCAGCUACACAGGGCCAGCCACUGAUCACACAUUCAACACUCCUGAAGGACAUUUUGCAUACAUUGAUUCAUCAGCUCCUCGUAAAAUAGGGGACAAAGCCCAACUGAAGACAAACAAUACAUUUCAUCCAACAGUUGCUUCCUGCCUGACCUUCUGGUACUCUAUGAACGGAACAACCAUGGGAACCCUGAAUAUCCUUAGACAGCCAAAUUUAUACAUGACCCCUCCCACUCAGGUCUGGUCUAUAUCUGGGCAACAAGGACCCGGCUGGCAACUGGCUCAGAUUACAGUUAACAGUGCGUUAUACUACUACAUCGUUUUUGAGGGAGUUGUUGGAAGCGGGAUCUAUAGUGACAUCGCUAUUGAUGACAUUGUGAUGCUAGAAGGACCUUGUCCAGGCCUAGGAACUUGUGAUUUUGAAGUUGAUGUUUGCUCAUGGACAAAUUUGGAGACUGGAGAUGACUUUGAUUGGAUGAGAGGUAGAGGUGCCAGACAUUUUGCUGAUGUUGGAGUGAAAGCUGACCACACUACAUAUACAGAGUACGGUGGCUACCUACUCAUGGACAGUGCAGCACCCAGAAAGACAAAUGACCACACCACACUCGUCUCCCCUCGACUCAAAGGCAAUGGCACUUAUUGUGUGAACAUUUGGUACUACAUGAACAGUGCUAGUUCAAAUAUCGGAACUCUGAGUGUCAGCUGGGCAUCCCAACCUGGAGCCACAUCUACAAACGUAUGGUCCAACGGAACUAAAACUACAGACUGGACACUGAAACGCUUGUCAAUCGGACCUGCCUCAUCGGAUUUCUAUAUUUUGAUUGAUGGAAAAGUCGGAGACCCUGGUUUCAGUGAUAUAGCUCUUGAUGACCUAUCCAUCCAAACUGGAUCAUGUGACUCUAACCCCCUGCCGGAUCAAACAAAGAAUGCUUUCUUCUGCAAAGCAAAUGGACAGUUAUUAUCAAUGGCACAAAUGUGUAACUUCCACAAUGACUGCAUUGAUGGAGAGGAGGAGAAACUGUGUGGCUACAACUGUGACUUUGACUCCGCGACCUUCAGCAACCAGACUUGCAUGUGGACCAAUGCUAGUGCCUCUUCCUCUAGGUGGAUUCUGAGCAGUGGGGCAACUGCUGUGACAAACACUGGUCCCUCAGUUGAUCACACCACAGGUGCACAAACUGGCUACUAUCUCAGUCUUACAUCCAAUAUUGGUGCUUAUGGUACUGCUGCUCUGCAGAGUCCACUUCUGCAGAGAUCCUCACCAACAUGUGAGCUGGUCUUCUACUUGCACAUGACAGGUACUAAUGUAGGCACCUUGUCUGUAGACAGGGAACAAGGAGCAGAAACAUACACCCUGUGGUCAGUAACUAACGACCAAGGAGACAGAUGGUUUCAGCAAGUGGUACCUCUAGGAGCUUCAGAGAGAUCUUUUUUCAUUAACAUAAAUGCCAGACGGACAUUUACUGUUAACGGAGAUAUAUCCAUUGAUGAUAUCUCCUUCAGAAACUGUGAUUUCCCGCAGCCUAAUACCAGCUGCAAUUCAGUUAAUACAUUUAAGUGUAACAACUCAGCCUGUGUGGAUCCAAAAUUAAAGUGCAACUUUGCUAAUGAUUGUGGAGACAACUCCGAUGAGGAUCCACAGCUGUGCUCAGCAUACCACGGCUGCACUUUUGAAAUUGAUAUGUGUGACUGGGUCCAAGAGAACUAUUUUGAUGACUUUGACUGGAGCCUUGGCGACCACGAAACUGCCACUCAAGGCACAGGGCCAAAUGUAGACCACACAACUUCUUUACCUUCAGGUCAUUACCUGUACAUUGAGACGUCAGCUCCAAGAAUGCCAGGAGACAGGGCCUGGUUACUGAGUCCCAUAUUCAGACCUUCUGGCACCUGUACAAUGAGCAUGUUUGUAAAUAUGUAUGGAACUGACAUUGAGUAUCUGAAUGUGUUUGCCAGAACUGUCUCUAAUGGACCGCAUGUGCCAGUUUCUACAAUAAGCCACGAGAUAGGAAACUUUUGGCAACAGCGUGUUAUCCUCCUAAAGAAUAAUUUGCCUUUCCAGGUGAUCAUUGAAGGUGUUAGAGGAGAUGGCCCAGCGGGAGAUAUAGCCAUUGAUGACAUCACAUUUUCUCCUGACUGUGUGAUUAGCAAUGACACUCUACCAACAGCCCCCUCGGCAACCGUGAGCACAUCCCCCAACCCAUGUGGAGACUCCACCAAGUGGCAGUGCAGAGAUAAGACCAAGUGCAUCCCUGUGGCCCAAGUUUGUGAUUUUAUGUACCAGUGCACAGACAAAUCAGAUGAAGAUGCUUGUGGAGCAUGCACGUUUGAGACUUCAGCCUGUGGUUGGAAUGACCGAAGUCCAAGUAUGUACUAUUGGGGUAGAAGAAACAUCUCUUCAAGCGAUGCCCUUUAUAAACCUCAGUAUGACCACACUGUUAACACGUCUGCAGGAGGCUGGUUUAUGGUUGUCCUGUCUAGUAACGCUGGAUAUGCAAGCUCUGCUUUCCUAGAAGGUCCUGUUCUUGGAGCCACAGAAGAAGGUUGCGAGAUCAGUUUCUUUUAUCAGACAGACAAUUCAGGAUCCAUCAAUCUGUUCAUGUUUCCAAAUGGCAUUACAAAAUAUACCCGUGAUUCCACAUCAAAGUUGUGGAGUUCAAGUUACUUUUAUGAAGGUGACUGGUUGCAAGCCACUGUUGGAAUAGGAUCUCGUGCUGCUGGAUUCAGGCUUGUCUUUGAAUAUCGGUCUGAACAGGACAUAACUGGUCAUGGGAUAGCUCUUGAUGAUAUUACGUUCAGUCAGUCAUGUAUGCGAGGAUCUGGCAAUGUUACAUGUCCUGCUGGUAACUUUAGGUGUCCAUCAACAGAUGAAUGUAAGCCCAGUGAUGUUGAAUGUGAUCUGGCGAAAGACUGCUUGAAUGGUGAAGAUGAGAGUUUGAGUCUGUGUCAGAACUAUGAACAGUGCACAUUUGAGGCUGGAACUUGCGGAUGGCUGCAGGAUGAUCUUGAUGACUUUGAUUGGACACUUAUUAGUGACAGCACUGCUGGUAAUAGCUAUGGCCCAAGUGAAGAUCACACCUACGGCAAUGCAACAGGAUUUUACAUGUAUAUUGAACCAACAACCACACAAGUGUCAAGUGCCACAGCAAGGCUGAAGAGCCCAGUGUUCUUCCCCAAUAAUCAAGGAACAUGUGCCAUUCGUUUCUUCUAUUAUAUGAUAGGUCAGCACAUCAGUGCAUUGAAUGUUUACACAGAAAAUAAAGAAAAUGGAUCGUUUUCUUUGAAGUGGUCUGCAAGUACAGCUCAGAACACUGAGUGGAAGAGAAUUAGUAUUCCACUUCAAGAGACUCAGAACUUCCGGGUUGUCAUUGAGGCCGUUAGAGGAAGCAGUUACAAAGGAGAUACUGCCAUUGAUGACAUUUCUUUUACUUCCGGCUGCUAUAGGCUCAUCCAGGCAACCCUACCUCCCUUGCGACCUACAGUGAACCCAGGCGUCUGCAAGGCAGGGCUAGAAUUUCAGUGUGAUAAUACCACAUGUAAGUCAGUCCAAACUAUGUGUGACUUCAAUCAUGAUUGUACAGAUGGAACAGAUGAAAAAACCUGCCCUGCAAUCUGUGAUUUUGAGACUGACAGGUGUGGCUGGACUGAGCAGACUUUUGCAGGGGGACCAGGAACCAACUGGGUUAUUAAUGCAUCCUCAGCUUUUUCAGAUGUAGAUGUAAAUCCUGGCACAGAUAUGGGACAUUUUCUGGUAGGCAGGGGCAGCGGGCUCUCGCUGGUGUCACCAUACUUUUCCAGAGCCAGUAAAUUGUGUGAAUUCUCUUUCUCUUACAAGACCAACAGACUUCCAAGGAGAAUUAUCUUGAGCAUCCGAGCUGGAGGAUUUGAUAAUCAGAUUUGGUUUUUUGACUCUUCUGUUUCGGUGCCAUACACACUCACUGAGUGGCAGACAACAACCAUCAAACUGCCAGGUUGCACUUCUGAAUUUCAGUUGGUUCUUGCAGUUGAUUUUCCACUCUCUUCUUCAUCAAAUUCUUAUUACAUGCUACUUGAUAAUCUUGUAUUUGCCAACUGUGCAUCGCCACCUUCCAGACAGUGUGGUGUCAAUGAGCGGUCGUGUUCCAAUGGGGACUGUUUCAACACGAACCAGCUGUGUGAUCUGAGCAACGAUUGUUGUGAUGGUUCGGAUGAGAGUGAUCCUCUCUGCUAUUCCUACAGUAAAAAUACAUUUGAAGACGGGCUUGGAAAGUGGAAGUCAAAUGUUGGUUCCAUUAAGGAAUGGGGUCUAGAACAAGGAAUAGAACCACAGAUGGUCUAUCGUGCCAGGACAUUCCCCUCAUCUGAUCACACCACCCAAUCCAGGUAUGGACAUUAUUUAGCUGUCUCCCUGGAUGGCCAGUCUGUUAACUCUACUGCCUCCAUUUCACUGGCCAUGCCUGCACCAAAGAUGUCCUGUGAUGUGGGACUGUGGUAUUUGAUGAACAGUGUCAACACUGGGGUAAUUAAUGUUUAUACGGUGACAGCAUCAGGGGUGAAGACACUUCAAGACACCAUCAGCUUGACUAACAUCACCAACGUAUGGAUAAAACAUACAAUCCCCACUAUCAUACUCAGUGAGCCUUACACCUUCAUCAUUGAAGCCGUCCAUGGAAUCAGUUUAAGCACCUUGUUUGCCAUUGAUGAUGUCACCUUCAGCCCCUCGUGUAAUGUUCCUGUAGCUUCAACUCCAGCCCCAUUUACCACUCUUUCCACCAUCACUCCCUCUCCACCUUCAGCCUUUACUUUCCAGCCUUGUGGAGAUGACCAGUUCCAGUGUGCUGGCAGUAAAACCUGCAUCGCCAAGAAAAACGUUUGUGACUUCCAUAAAGAUUGCACCGAUGGAAGUGAUGAGACCAGCUGUGACACAUUAACCAUGUGCAAUUUUGAUAACGACCUCUGCACAUGGUAUGAAGCGGCGUCCGACAAGUUGGACUGGGAGCAGAUUCUAGCCUCCCCAGUGUCCAGCAUUUAUGGUCCAGUCUCAGACGCUGAUGGAACAAAUGGUGGAUAUGCACAUAUAAAUGACAUGACUAAUGGAAAUACAAAUGGACAGAAAGCAGCAUUGGAAAGUCAACAGUAUAGUAGUUCUGCAGCCGAAUGUGUUCUGAGGUUUUCCUAUUUCAUGAACGGAACCAAUCCAGGCACACUCUCGCUCAAUCUGGCCACAUUUAUUUCCCCUAAUCAGGUCCUUUGGCAGACGUCUCAGAAAACUUUGACCUGGCAAACUAUUAAUGUUGGCAUCGGGCGGAGGAAAACACCAUUCACACUAACCUUUUCACGAGCUCCGAGUGCCACCUAUUCAGGACAGAUAGCACUAGACAGUUUUUACUUUACCAAAUGUGCUGAACCGCAGCCUGUGCAAACUGACUGUCUUGGUAUGUUCCGGUGUGGAAACGGAGCUUGCAUAGACAGUAACUGGGUUUGCAACAACGAUGAUGAUUGUGGAGAUGGAUCCGAUGAAAAUGACCAAACCUGCUCUACAUACAAAUACACUGAUUUUGAAACUUCAUUUGGGAAUUUCUCUCAGAGUACAGAGGAUCAGCUGGACUGGCAGCGUUGGGACAAUAGCUACCCAAUAGCUCCUGGUCUUCAAGGCAUUGAUCACAGUACAGGCCUCACAAGUGGUCACUACAUAUUUGCAAGUGGUGGAGUUGGCAGUGGAGCUACUGACCAAGCCUGGCUGCUGUCUCAAGUCUUUGACGCAACAGAUUUUUGCAUGAUUAGAUUCUUUGCAUUAAUACCUACCACAAAUCAAAAAGUUCUGCUGGGUGUUAGAACUCACAGUAACGGACAACCAGAUCAACAGCUGACCAUAACUAACCCUGUACCAGGCUCGUACUGGCAACAGAUCGCAGCUACCCUGUCCAACCAGCAGCAGCCUUUCCAGAUAAUCAUUGAGGGCCAGCCAGGAGGUCCAAAUGGAUCUGUAGCAGUUGAUGACAUUGUCCUUAGUGCAGGUUGCAGGUAUUCUGGUAAAACCCUACCUGUGUUUCAAAUUACCUGCUCUCCAAACCAGUUUACAUGUGUGUCAGAUGGCUCUUGUGUUGCACAGAGUCAAAAAUGUGAUGGUUCCCGAGACUGCACUGACGGUAGCGAUGAGCAGUCUUGCUCCUGUGCUAACUACUGUCAAAAUGGAGGAACUUGUGGUUUCAGCGGUGGAUUCAGGAUAUGCAUAUGUGUCAACGGUUACCAUGGAACCACCUGUAGCUAUGCAGCAAAUGUGACAGAACCAACUACUACCACAAAACCCUCCACCACAAGUAGUUCCAGUCCUACUAAAGGUAGUCCCUCGACAGGUACAACCAGCAACACAGGUAUACCUGGGGCACAAGCUUCAGCAGGAGAGAGCAGUAGUGGUUCUUGGAAAGCUCCAGUCGGUGCUGUAUUGGGCAUUCUAGGAGUGGCAGCUCUUGGAGUGGGUGGAUUUUUCUUCCUGAAAAAGACAGGCAGACU